GGAAUAGAGCGUAGACAGAGUAGGAGUUGUGCAACCGUAGCAGCAGCACCAGCAGAGGGCAGGCUGGCACGGCAUGGGUACCCUCCUCACCGACACAUAUCACUAGUAACUGUGACUGUGACUGUGACUGUGUACUGUCAGUGUAGUGUGUAGUGCAGUGACCAUUAUGGGAUUUUAUCUUUUGGAUUACUAUCACUUUGAUUGACAAAUAAUGUUCGGCUCGGAAGGUGACUGCAGCGGUCUACUGACCUUGCACUACGGCAAGCACCACACGUCACUGGUGAACGAGAUCCGGCAGUGGUUCGACGCAGAGAGCUUUGCAGACGUGAGGCUGCUGUGUCGGGACCAGGGGCUGCUGGCGCACCGCCUUGUGCUGGCCAGUGCAAGCCCGCUGCUGAGGCGUCUGCUGGAGGAUUGCGGCACGACUAUGCCCACCGUCACCAUCCAGUUGCCGGACAUUACUGCCGCACAUAUGAAGAGCACACUGGACUUCCUAUACACCGGCCAAGCCUGCAUACAGCCUACAGACAUUCAAGGGGUCGUGGAGGUGUUUGAACUUCUUGAAAUCAAGUCCGAGUUUUGGGGAGGGAAACCAUCAACGGAGUCCAACACUGACCAACCGGAUGUGACGGUGUUUAAAGAUUUGUACGACAAAACAAGUUGGGCUACAAAACCGAGUGGACAGGAGGAAACAAGUGCGGAAGAAAAUGUUGAACCGAGUAGUGUAAAAGAGAGUGUAAGUGCGAGUGGAAGCUCUAGUGAAAGUACUAGUACAGUGUGUGCUUCAGCGGCGGUUAAAACCGAAGUUGAGGUGGACGUAGACGUUUGUUCCGAAGAAGAACCACCUAGUGAAAAAAGAAGAAGGAGUAGUAGUUCCUUAUUUCCAGUGAAUUUAUCUUUAAGUAACCCGGACAAUAAAGAACAUUCUAAUUUAAAUUCUCCAGUAUCGGACAGAGACUCAAGGUGUACAGACUCUCCCAGAAGAAAGUCCUCUUCAGUGAUAGAAGCUGGAAGUGGGGAGGAGUCUCAGCCCGAGCUGCCACCGAAGCCAACAGCCCACCUGUUCAGCGAGCAAUCACAACAUCGCAAGAGGAAGUCAAGAUACAUGGAAGACUACAGGACACACCUGGAGGAUGAUGACAACCGGAAGCUCCCGGAUGAAGUCAUCAACCAACCUGCGCCUGAGAAUUACGUGGUCACUCCCCACAGGAAGCGACGGCCAGGCUUCCACAACGCUCCUGCCCAGAACCCACCUUUUGUUCCCUUUUCUCCCUGUUACAUUGAAGAGAUCUCAUACCGUCCCAAUCGCAAUAAUCACCCCCUCAGUUCCUCGGCCCCUCCUUACCUGAUGGACAACUCGUCCAAGUCAUCCCUCCACCUGCAGCUGCCGAACGCUGUGGACGAUCUGGUUAAGUUUCGACCUCCCAGUGGCGAUGGUCAUCCCUCCAUGUCCCCUCGCUCCAACAGUUAUCCCUUCGGUAUGGGCAACAGCACCGAGAGCUCGUGGGGACCAUGGGCAAUAUGUCAGGCGCAAGUCGGUCAGACUCCCACCCGGAGUGAGGAAACACCCAACACAGUGGAGGAGCUGGAGGCGAGUGGUACGGCAGGCAGCAAACCAGCGCCGGCACGCGAGUACCGUUGUGAAUACUGCGGGAAACAGUUUGGUAUGAGCUGGAACCUCAAGACCCACCUGAGAGUGCACACUGGGGAGAAACCGUUCGCGUGCAGGUUGUGUGUGGCCAUGUUCAAGCAGAAGGCACACUUGCUGAAACACUUGUGUUCUGUGCACAGAAACGUUAUCUCGGUCAGUGGCGGAACCAGUAGUGACGGUGAUUUGGGACAUUUCAACUGUUGCUUUUGCCAAUUAACAUUCGAGUCAUUACCUGAACUGAUACGACACCUUUCGGGACCUCACAACAAUCUUCUCCUUAGUAAAAACCUUCACGAUUGACUGUGAGCCAAUUUUCCAUUUUUUCAAUUUUCCAAGAUGACACUGACCAAAUCAAAGACAGGAAGAGUGGUAAGUUCAGGAAAUAGCACUUUACUUACUUAACUGGCAACAACAAAAAUAAGAUUGACUUUUAAGUUAUUGAUACGUAUCAAAUACGAUUUAUAUCACCACUGUUUGUAUGUUAUGGUGUGAUUUCUUUGUGAAACACAUCAAACAGUGGUGAUCAAUCUGUGUAUUAUAAAGCACAAUCUUUUACUUGCUCUAAAAGUACUUACUUAAUUCAAGAAAACCAAAAAUAUAUAGUUUAUAACAAAGUUAGAUUCAGUUAGAUUCAAAAUUCUUGGUGUUUUAAGUGAUUCUAUAUUCAAUCCAGUUCCAUUACAUGUAAUACUAUGCCAGAUAAGAAAAUAAAAUGUGAGUGUGCUGUGCUAUUUCAUGGACUUGUAAGGAUUUUAAUCUCAAUUAAAGGUGAGUAUGUGUAUAUUUCUCAUGUGAUCUCAAGCCAUGACUUACUAGAGGAUCUCAACACAAGAAGGAAAGUCGUCAUUUUGGCAAAUUGAACAUUUAUGGGCAUUUAUAAUGAGCUAUAAGAUAAAUGGUACCUUGUUCAUAUAUUAAUAUAGAUCAUGAAAUCAGUAAAUUAGCAACUUCUUAACAAUUUGCACUGCAUAACUGACAACUUUAUUUAGUCCUGGAAUCGUACAUUUAAAUUAUCAGCUAGACUAAUUCAUUUUUUGGUGUUCAUUAUUUAUAUUUAAUGAGCACGAUAGGGAAAUGUUUUAAUUACUAAAACUAGAAUGUUUAUCAGAAAUUGACUGUUAUGAACUUUUAAUCCAAGAAAAGGGGUGCGGGGUCAUCAGGGUAACUAAGUUCAAGGAAGAAAAAUGUUAAUGGGGUAUUUGAGAAAUAUAAUUUCUUAAUAAAUUGAAAAAUAUUAACAAGUUGUUUGCUCAGUUUUUAUAGAAAAAUUAAUUAUUUAUUAUUAUUUCAACAAUUAUUUAUUGUAAUUGCACAGGACCAAGAAGUUCAAAAUUGUUCUUUCUCAUAUUUAUCAUGACACUAAGGAAAAACUAGACAUUUUUGGUAUUGCAUCUUUGGGUCCAGGAAGAAAACAAAUUAUUUUCAAAUUGAUUAUAUAUAUUUCUUUUUAACAUAUAAUUUGUGUUAAAUUAAUUUUUUUAAGCUAAGAUGUAGAAUUCCUCAUGUCUACAAAAUUUAUAUUUUUAAUUUAUACAAAAAAAGUUGGACUCCAUACAUCUUUUAAAUUUCGCCAUCUUGCACAUAGAUUUCAAGUAUUUCCCAAUAAAUGCCCUGGACCUCCUCUUCCUCUUAAGAACAUUUCCACAAUAGCAUACUUUUCAAAAUACUGUGAAAAUACACAUCACUGGAAAAAACCCAUAUUUUGUUGUUGGAACCUAGUUUAUGAAUUCUGAAAGUAAUUUAAAAGUAAGUUAUGAAAAUGGUCCAAUCAUUUGGCACCAGCUUAAACCAUUUUCCUUCUUAAUGCAAAUUCAAAUAUUUCUUAAUAUUUUCUCUGUUACACUUAAAAAAUACUUGUUCCACUAUUUCCUUCAGAAUAUGAGUUAGCUUUUAUGCAUUAUUAAAAUUACUUGCGUUUUGUCCAUGUUUUAAUAGCAAAUUUUCAGAAGGAAAAAGAAUUCACAAAUAAUUGUCAGAUAUUAAACAAAUAAAUACAAAUUUUUUAUUGCAUUUGCCCUAAAAUUGUCAUGAACAGAAUGGUAUAAAAUAAAAAGAGAUUUGUACAUAUAAUUGUUGAUUACUACAUUUUAACACGCAUCAUAUUCAUUUCCAAGUUUACACUUUUAUAAACAACAAAUCAGUACGCAAUUUGAAGUAUCAUGUUUCUAAGAUUAUUUAAGUUUUCAAAUCUAGUCUUUUAUGAAUAAUUUCUUAAAUUUUUGUUUGAUGUACGACUCAAAUUAUUACAUGUAUCUAAAAAAAUAUCAUCUAGGGUAGAUUAAUUUUAUGAAAGUAAACACAUUUUUUAACAUUUGUUUAGAGAUGUGUUAAUAGUGUCUAUGAAAGGUUUCAAAUUUUGUAUGGAUACUUGAUUUUAUGAAAAGAAUGAUGUAUUAAUAUUGAUUGGAAAAGAAAUUUUAAAUGUAAGGGGAAAAGCCUGAGUAGAGUUAUAGUACAUACAGUGAAAUACUAGAGUGGGCUAAACAAAUGAAAGUAAAGUAUUCUUUAAAGUAAGUGUUAUAAAAGUUGGGAGAACUUCACUUCAAACUGGCUAACCUAUGUAUUUUCUUUACAUAAAUGUGAUUAAUUUAUGAUUAGAGUUUCGCACAGAUAUUAGAAUUUUAAUUUAGACUAUCUUUAAAAAAUAUAAUUAUACAACUUUUGACUUUUUUGAUUGUUAUUAAAGACAUUACAAUUUCCAUUCACCUUUAGGAGAAGAGAUUUGUCUUCCAUAAAAAAUCAAAAUGGAGACAAAAAUAUGAAACUAAAUGUUGCUUGUAGUUCUAACUUUUACAUCAGUGAUUAACUGUUGUGUAAAAACUAUUGACAAAUAUUUACUAAAUGUUUCAGAUUUUAUUUUCUUAAAUAAAUAGAUAUAUUUUUGUAUUACAAUUUUUUACAAAGUACUGUUAAAGUAUGAAAAUUUGCCAACAUUUAAAUAUAUUUCAUGUAUAUAUGGUUUUAAACUGUUUUUCAUCUGUUGUAGUAAUGAAUUUAACCUAACUGUGAUAUUAUUAUGUGAGCAACACAAGCUAAUAUUUAUUAAAGUGUUUUUUUUUUUAAGAUUUAUAAAAGUUAUUUUUAUCUGUAAAAUUAAGAACUUGUAACAUAAUUUGUGUGUAAUAAUUAUCAUCUAUGACUUCUAGUGUAACUAUGAGACCAUUUCAUACGGACAUAUGGAUUUAAAUUAAAUGUCUGAAUCCAGUUAUGGAAUGUAGGGUGCGUCCACACUAGCUGAGACGAUCACUAUGCCAUGGAUGAAAUGUGUGUACAGCACACACCCGUUUGCUCGGGUGGCCACACUGGAGAUACAUAGCUAGCCUGUUAAAUCCCAGGAUGUUAUCGCAUAAAAUAUGUGUUUGGAUAUUUUCUUUUCAUUUAUCAUUCUUCUAGUGAUGAGGAGCUACUUCUAAUUUCUUCAUUCAUUAAAACAAUUUCUUUCUUUAUCUUUCCACACCAAUAUUUGGUAUUCUUCACUGGAUAAUUCGUAUAAACACGUACAUUUUCAAACACAUUCUAUUAACUGUUCCAUUUUGUGCAACAUUAAAAAAAUUUACUUCAAAACAGCACAGACCUGUCAACUAGUAUUGACAACACAAUAGGAAAAUAUAUUUCCCCACACAGGAAUAACCAACUUCUGCACAUGCAUCAAGGAAUAAUCGGAGCGGUGCUACAUCCCUCGUGUGGUAUGCACUACAUCUACAGGAUACGUCAGUCUCUUUCCACAUCAGUGUGGCCACUCCGAACGAAGCUAUAGUACGUAAUUCAAACGGGAAGAUACAUUUUUAGGGAGACGGGAUGUCACAAGCAUCUAGAGCGAAACGAUUGUCUUCACUUGUGUGGGCGCACCUUUAGAAAUGUUGUGACUUGUAAGUUUGUUACAACUUACCAUAUUUACCCACUUGUAUUGGCUAAACUAUUCAUGUCAUGUUGACUUGCAUAUAAGCACAAAGUUGUACACUAAACAAACGUGGCGAAAUACAAUUGAUUAUUAAAAAUCAUUAAUAUAGGUUAAUAUAACAAUUUUUCAAUUCCCUUAUCUAUAAAAAUAAUUUAAAUUAUUUUGAAGAGAUGUUUUCUGUAUAAAAAUAAGAAUAUUUUUCCUUAGAAAUUGGAGAAAGUUUGUGUGUUACUUUGUAGUUGUUAAACAAUAAAAGCAAAUCAAUCAUUGUUAAUCACUAAGAAGCCAGUUGUACCCAAUACAAUAAUUGAAUAGUCUAACACUUUCAAUAAGUAGCUUACAUACUUAUAAACAUUUCUUUUAACUUUAGCUGUACAAAAAUAAAGUUAACUCAAAAAUAUCCUGAGUUUUUUUAAGCAUUAAAUAUUUGUAAUGUUAACUACUAGUUUCAUGGUUAAAUCUUUUGCUUAUAGAAUAAAGUAACUUUUAAACUAUUUACAUACAAUUCAGGAGAAGUAGCUUACUAAGUCUAUAGCAAGCUAGAAAUUGAAUGUGGUGACUGUUUUACCAUCAUUUACGAUUUGAAUUUUGGAAAGGAAAUGAUCUCUUGUGGGGAAGUGAGAGGAGCUUUUAGUUUUACAUUUCAUGUAGAAACAUGAUCAACAUCAUAUUGAAAAAUGUAACGUCGAUUAAAGAAAAGUAUCCUAAUGCAUUAACCAAGUAUCCUUCAAUUGCAAAACAGGACACAAACUAAAACACAUUGUUAUUUUUUACUGUAGGCAGAUUAUAUACUUGAAAUGAAAAUGAGGCAUCAAGAACAAUAAGAUUGUAAUAGAUUAUAGUGCAAAAUCUAAUUUAUGUAUUAUGGAAUAUACCUCUUUAUUGCUGGUUUCCAAAGAAUUGAGUUUUAAUGAGAAGGGUAUGUAGGCCAGUCUAAGUUAAGAAUUGCUUUAGUUUUGUGGAAAAUCAAUACAGUAUUGUUGUUUUAUAAACAACUACUAAAGUUGUGUUUUGUUAGCUUUAUGUUUCACAAUUAACAUUCAAUGAUUGUGUCCAUUAAAUAGUAUUCUCCUCUUUUCGUAAGGGAGAUUUGGACACUUGGAAGAUAACACGCCUGUAAUAAUUUAUUUAUGUUGUAAAUAACUUGUUUAGAUGUAAGUAGGAUUUUCAGUGAAAUUAAACAUACAAAAUAAUUCAUACAAGUACAAAAUAAAUGUAACUAUCGUACUUCAAUGUGUUCAUCCUUAGUUAAGUAUUCACGAUGUUGCCUUAUAUUGUAAAUAAUGAAUAAAGACACACCCACACAA